GGGAUAAACAACUGAAUCUAAAGUUAAAAACACUGAUUAUUAUAUUAAAAGGAAGAUUCUAGUUCUAAGAUAGAUUAGAAAUAAUGAAUUUACACAGUGUUGUGAUAGUUCUAACGUAUUUUGCCGUAGCUGAGUGCAACACAGUUUCGGAUAUUUCGAGGACUCACUGUCCCAAUACUAAGGCGUCCAUCAAUGCAAUAAGAAAACGGAGACACCUUACUUUUCCAGCUGGUAGCAAUGCUGUUAUCACCAUAUCUCUAGCGAAAACAUUCAUGACUCACAUACCGUCAGGAUGGUACAUGACCACCGACUUAAACGUGAUGUAUCCAUUACCAGAUCCAGAGUUUACACUCGCACAUUCUAGAAGAAAGCUCCAUCAUCGCCAGAAGAAGGAUCUGUGGGAGAAUCUUCAGAAUGCUAUCGAUCUUCACAAUUACAAUGGUCGUGCCUGUGUUUUGAGGAGUAUAUGUGAGGCUAAAAUGCUUCUCGCGCCGCCUGGGAAGUCAUUAAUACAUGAUUUGUUAAGAGCUGUAUUCACGUCAUCGUUGUUCGAAAAGGAAUUUCAAGAGGAAAUCGGCGAUUCAUAUCCUGAGCUUUUUGACCCGAAAGUCUGUGAUAUUUUCCACGACUGUCCAAUUUCUUUGAUACAGAUCGCUUUAGCGUUUAACAAACCAAAGAACAAGCUUGUAUGAAAUAAAAUAAAUUACAGGA